UUAUUCAGUCGUCGUUAUCGGGUGAUUGGAAGUUAUGGCCUUUCGAUUUGUUCUUCGUUGUUUUAGACCAGUUCUUUUGAGAGACAAUUCCUUUCGAAACAAGUGUAGCAACCGUAGUUUUUCCAAUCAUACUGGAAAAGGUAUUUUCGGUUUAGAGCGUUUGCAUAGAGCAAGUGAUUGGCAGUCUAUAACCUUGGAAACCAUUCAAAAUUGUGAACGCAUAGCUACGACAAUAAGAUCUUCGAAACCGUCUACUUAUACUUUACAGUUAUUUGACGAUCUAUCCAACGAACUCUGUAGAGUAUUGGAUGUUAUGGAACUCUGUAGACACAUACACCCUGAUCCAGAUUUUAUUGGAGAAGCUGAAAAAUGGUUUUCUGUUUUGAAUAGUUACAUGCAAGAAUUAAACGCAGAUUAUCUUCUUUAUCGACCGCUUUCAGACUUGGAAAUGAGGUCCUCGGAGCUUUCUUUAGACAGAGAAGAGAAUAUGAUGCUCAAGUCUCUCAUUUCGGAUAUGCAAAGAAGCGGUAUUCAUAUGCCAAGUAAGACCAGACAAAAAAUCGUGGAGCUUCAAAACAAGAUUGCUAGCUUAGGUUUUGAGUUUACCCGUCAGAUUUCGCGACCACCAGCUUCCUUUUCUGUUCCUGAAGAUAAAGUGAAUGAGCUGUUUAGUCCAACUGAGCUUGCUUCCUUUGAGUAUAUUGAACAACGAGAAGGAAAACGUAUUUAUAGGAGCGAUAUGCAAACUUUGAAACAGAUCUUACACCAUCAUGAAAAAGGAGAGGCUCGUAAACUGGCCUAUCUAUCUAUAUACAAUGCAGAUCCUUCAAGUAUUCAAGUUGUCGACUCAUUAUUAGGAACUAGAAGUCAGUUAGCGAGAAUGUUGGGUUAUUUAUCCUACAGUCAUUUUGCUUCUGUGGACAAGUUAAUGAAGAAUCCUGAAAGAGUGCGUGAAUUUCUUUUGCAACUUAAUAAAAGUUUGCAACCAAAACUUGAAAAUGAAUUGCGGCAACUUCAAGAAGAAAAAUAUAGAAGAGAAUUAUCAAACCACCCUAUUGAGAGUUGGGAAGUUACAUUUUACUGUAAUCAGAUUAGGAAGAAGCAGCUUACCACUGAAAACCUAAGAUUGGAUGAAUAUUUACAAUUAGAAUCGUGUUUGGAGGGCAUGUUUUAUAUUGCAAAUUGUCUUUUUGGUAUAAGAACUGUAGAAGAUUUGGAAAAUCCGGAAAAGUGGCAUGACGAUGUAAGAAAAUUCGUUUUUGUGAGUGAGUCUGGAGAGUGUUUGGGAACUUUAUUUCUUGACCUUUAUCAACGCCCUUACAAAUAUCCAAACUCUACUCAUUUCACGAUUCAGUCUCAUCGUAUUUCAAAAGAUGGCAAGCAUCAACUUCCAGUUAUAGCCAUCACAAUGAACAUGGAAAAUAAUUCGAGGACCAUGAAAGAAUCAACUCUGUUGCAUCCUUUUGAACUUCAAACCCUAAAUCAUGAAUUUGGUCACGCACUACAUUCGAUUCUUUCCGCAACUAGAUUUCAGAAUCUAGCUGGAACAAGGACUGCUUUAGAUUUUGUAGAAAUGCCUUCGCAUCUUUUUGAAUAUUUUGCUAGGGACCGAAGAGUUCUACAGCAGUUUGCAAAGGAAGGUUUUAUUAACAAGACUAUUCCAGAGUCUCUGGUGGAGGAUAUGCUGAGACAUUCUCAGCUAUUCUCAGGAAUUGACGCACAGACGCAGAUUUUCUAUUCUUUGUUGGAUUUAGAGCUUCAUUCUUCUUCUAGCGUUUAUGAUGGAAGAAGUGUUGAUAUAUUGAAAACAGUACAAAAUGAGCACACUCCAUUUCGAUAUGUUGAGGGAACAGCUUGGCACACUCGUUUUGGUCACUUAUACGGAUAUGCCUCUUGUUAUUAUUCCUAUUUGGUUGCGAAGGUGCUUGCAUCGAAAAUAUGGCAACGUUUAUUUAGUGAUAAUCCUCUUAGUAAGGAAUCAGGAAAGUUGUUACAAGAGAAGGUCCUUAUGGUUGGAGGUUCGAAAAGUCCUCAAGAGAUAUUAGAAAGUAUUCUUGACAAUGAUAUGAAGGCUGAUCGCUUUUUGAUGGAAUUGGGUAUAAAUGAGUUUGUCUUGGAAGAGUGUCCUUCAAUCUAUACUGGCACAGAUAACUAAAUGCAGAAUUAUUGAACAUUCUCCUUGUCUACAAAACCUUUUGACUGGUUUGCUGUAUCAAAUUGUGAAACAAAGUGUACAAGUUGACAUGAACAAUUUGUUAUUCAAGUCAUUGUAGAAGAUUCUCUUGUAUGCUGUUGUCGUGUACUUUGCCGUUUUUAUUAGAUAAAGAAUUACGGUCUUAA